AGUCACGUGGUCUGCAUGUACCCUUGCAGGCAGGGACGCCAGACACUUGUUCAGGGGACCGUCACCUACAGGCGCUGCCUUGGAAAGUGUUUGGGGACCCCGAGCCACGUGAAGAGGGCAGCGCUAGCGCCUCCUGCACCGCCGCCGCCGCCCGUCCAAGGAUAUGCCUUCAAGCCUCCGCCCAGACCCGACUUCGGGACCUCCGGGAGAACAAUCAAGUUACAGGCCAACUUCUUUGAAAUGGACAUUCCAAAAAUUGACAUCUAUCAUUAUGAAUUGGACAUCAAGCCAGAGAAAUGCCCGAGGAGAGUGAACAGGGAAAUCGUGGAACAUAUGGUCCAGCACUUUAAAACACAGAUCUUUGGGGAUCGGAAACCAGUGUUUGAUGGAAGAAAGAAUCUCUACACAGCGAUGCCUCUCCCGAUCGGGAGGGACAAGGUGGAGCUGGAGGUCACGCUGCCUGGAGAAGGGAAGGACCGCAUCUUCAAGGUGUCCAUCAAGUGGGUGUCCUGUGUGAGCUUACAGGCGUUACACGAUGCACUUUCGGGGCGGCUGCCCAGCGUCCCCUUUGAGACGAUCCAGGCCCUGGACGUGGUCAUGAGGCAUUUGCCAUCCAUGAGGUACACCCCCGUGGGCCGCUCCUUCUUCACGGCGUCCGAGGGCUGCUCCAACCCCCUGGGCGGAGGCCGGGAAGUGUGGUUUGGCUUCCAUCAGUCCGUCCGACCUUCUCUUUGGAAAAUGAUGUUAAACAUUGAUGUCUCAGCAACUGCAUUUUAUAAGGCACAGCCAGUCAUCGAGUUUGUUUGUGAAGUUUUGGAUUUUAAAAGUAUUGAAGAACAACAAAAACCUCUGACAGAUUCCCAAAGGGUCAAGUUUACCAAAGAAAUCAAAGGUCUGAAGGUGGAGAUCACGCACUGCGGACAGAUGAAGAGGAAAUACCGCGUCUGCAACGUGACCCGGCGGCCCGCCAGCCACCAAACGUUCCCGCUGCAGCAGGAGAGCGGGCAGACAGUGGAGUGCACGGUGGCCCAGUACUUCAAGGACAGGCACAAGCUGGUUCUGCGCUACCCCCACCUCCCAUGUUUACAAGUCGGACAGGAGCAGAAACACACCUACCUUCCCCUCGAGGUCUGCAACAUAGUAGCAGGACAGAGAUGUAUCAAAAAGCUGACCGACAAUCAGACCUCAACGAUGAUCAGAGCGACUGCCAGGUCAGCGCCAGAUCGGCAAGAAGAGAUCAGUAAGCUGAUGCGAAGUGCAAGUUUUAAUACAGAUCCGUACGUUCGUGAAUUUGGAAUCAUGGUCAAAGACGAGAUGACGGAUGUGACGGGCCGGGUCCUCCAGCCUCCCUCCAUCCUCUACGGGGGCAGGACGAAUUUGGUGGCAAACAGCCAUCAGUCACUCGUGUUUUUGUCCGUUUGUUGUUGCCCACGAAACGCCGGGCUGUUCUCAGUGCGUGAUAGGGUGUGCUGUCCACGGGGCCGCGACGGAGCUCAGGAGAAGGGUCUUGUGCUCUUCCUCGGGGCUGUCCCCCCACCCCCGGGUGCAGAGCACAGCCCUCCCCAGGCCUUGGCCUCGCAGACCGCGGGCGCUCACGGAAGCAUCUAUGGCUCAGAAAGUUCUCGAGAGCGGACGUCGAGGAGACAGGCUGUCUGUCGGAGGCGUCCUCCAUGCCGCCGGCCGAAUUCGCUGGAAGCACAGAGCAGCUCAGCUAACAAGUCCUUCACGGAGCAGCUCAGAAAGAUUUCCAGGGAUGCCGGGAUGCCGAUCCAGGGCCAGCCGUGCUUCUGCAAGUACGCCCAGGGGGCGGACAGCGUGGAGCCCAUGUUCCGGCACCUGAAGAACACGUACGCCGGCCUCCAGCUGGUGGUGGUCAUCCUGCCAGGCAAGACCCCUGUCUACGCCGAGGUCAAGCGCGUGGGAGACACGGUGCUGGGGAUGGCCACGCAGUGUGUGCAGAUGAAGAAUGUGCAGAGGACCACGCCACAGACCCUGUCUAACCUCUGCUUGAAGAUCAACGUCAAGCUGGGUGGCGUGAACAACAUCCUGCUGCCCCAGGGGAGGCCACCUGUGUUCCAGCAGCCUGUCAUCUUUCUGGGGGCUGAUGUCACCCACCCACCCGCUGGGGACGGGAAGAAGCCUUCCAUCGCUGCCGUCGUGGGCAGCAUGGACGCGCACCCGAACCGCUACUGCGCCACCGUGCGGGUCCAGCAGCACCGGCAGGAGAUCAUCCAGGACCUGGCCACCAUGGUCCGCGAACUCCUCAUCCAGUUCUACAAGUCCACGCGCUUCAAGCCGACCCGCAUCAUCUUCUACCGCGACGGCGUCUCCGAGGGACAGUUCCAGCAGGUUCUCCACCAUGAGCUGCUGGCCAUUCGCGAGGCGUGCAUUAAGCUGGAGAAGGACUACCAGCCAGGCAUCACGUUUAUAGUGGUGCAAAAAAGGCACCACACUCGGCUCUUCUGCACCGACAAGAAUGAGAGGGUUGGGAAGAGCGGAAACAUCCCGGCAGGCACAACUGUGGACACGAAAAUCACCCAUCCGACCGAGUUCGACUUCUACCUGUGUAGUCACGCUGGCAUCCAGGGGACAAGCAGGCCUUCCCACUAUCACGUGCUCUGGGAUGACAAUCGUUUCUCCUCCGACGAGCUGCAGAUCCUCACCUACCAGCUGUGUCACACCUACGUGCGCUGCACGCGCUCCGUGUCCAUCCCGGCGCCGGCUUACUACGCUCACCUGGUGGCCUUCCGCGCCAGGUACCACCUGGUGGACAAAGAACAUGACAGUGCUGAAGGAAGCCAUACCUCCGGGCAGAGCAACGGGCGAGACCACCAAGCCCUGGCGAAGGCCGUCCAGGUUCAUCAGGACACGCUGCGCACCAUGUACUUUGCUUGACGUGUCUUCGUGUUUAGGACGGUGAACGGAGUUGGAUUCACAUGAGACCAGCUACACUCAGACCAACAGACGCCCAGCCCUUCCGUGACAGCCAGCAUCGACCAUGAGACGUCAUUGAUUUUAGUAGAUUCUCCAUUUUCCAGAAUGCCUUCCGUCCCGGAUUUCAAACUUGGAUUUUGAACUGCAGACCUGUAUGAGACCCCAUUGUCGUAGGAAAUAUGGUUUGCCAAAAUCUAUAAGCUGCUUAUUAAAAUAGAGUCCCGUGUUUCCUAAAAAUCUCCUAAAACCAGUCUAUGAACUCAGGGCUUUAAAACAUUUUUAAUUUAUUUGGUCAUUCAAUUUACUUGUUUUUAACACACGAUUCUCUAUGAAAUUGAUGGGCUCGAACUAGCUGAACGUGCUCAGAGAGCGGGGGCCAUGCCGAGUGCCGCAGUGGUUUUAAAGCCUUGAGCGUUGGGAGGUGGUCGCCGACGCCAGAGCGAGCCUAGUGCGCUCCUGACGGGGCCACGGGCGGGUGGCCCGCCGAGGCGCCCCCCCGGGCGUCUCGCUCUGUCACCACCGCCUCUCACUCAGCUUGAAAUAAGGAGCGGGGGCAGAAGACGGGCCAUGUGUGUUUACAACAUUUAUAGGUCCAGAGAGAUUGGCAGACAAGUGCCAUUUUAAUAAAAAUUUAUUUAAAAAAAGAAAAAAGAAAAAAGACGAUAUGCCGACAGUCUAAUCAUAAGAUUUGUCCUAUAGGACUGUGACAUUUAUUUUCCAAAGUUUCUAAAGAAUACGGGUCUGUGGUGAUAAAUACAGUACAAUCCUUUUUCACUGUUAUGUCUUUAAUGUAAGAGGAAAAAAUAUAUAUAUCUGGUUUGCAGUAUUAAUGUGAUAGAUAGAUGCUGUUUUUCAUUUUAUUGACUACGGGGUGCUUAUUGUGAUCUGUUUAGCAUAUCAAGAGUGUUUUGGAGCCUGGAGACUGGGCCACCUCGUGUGGUUCUCGCCCUUACGUACAGGAGUAUGCAAUUGACUCAAUGUGACCGCGACCCGCCUUCCCCGCGUAGAUUGCGUGGCCUGUACCUGGGGGGGGGGGGCGAGCACACGUGGCAGCCACUUGCCGCCCCCCCUCCCCGCCCCCCGUCCCCCAUGUUGCGCAGCCAGUUAAGCACAGAUGGAAUGUAUUUGUUCUUCCGUUCCGGAAACAAGUCCGUGCGUCAGGGCGCACUUCUCUCUCUGCGUCUGGUUCUGUUAGUGGAGUCUUGUAGGAUCUAUGCACUGAAACGCGCAGAGAGCCGGCGGCGGCGGCUCCCCGUUGGGCGGGCGUGAGGCCAGCGGCCCAGACAGAGCCCUGCCCGCCCGAUGGUGGACUGAAAAGCCUGCAGAAGAGAUUUGCAUUCUGGGCCCCAGACGCGGGUUUGCCAAUCUGGAAACCAUUGCACUAGGCGUGAUCCCGUGGACAGUUUGGGAAGGGUAACAGCAGAUAACUCUGUGCUAAGCAGGCUGUUUGUCCUUGUAGACAGGUUAAAAAAAAAAAAAUCAAAUCCACGUUCAAUGUAGAGAUCGGGGAAGGAGACGAGCCCUUCCCCCCAGUGCUGCUUUGUGCUCGGUAGGCUUACCCCUCCCUGCUGAUGGCCCCCCCCGCCCCCCCCCCCAGCACCGACCUCUGGCCCUGCGGUGGGGCAGGGGUCCCGAUGGGCUGCCUCUGCUGGAGACAGCACCCCCCUCCAUCCUUGUCCGCAGGCUCUGGGUGGGGGGGGGCAGGGGACCGCAGGCGGACUGUGACAGACACUCGGCCCCGAUUUUGGCAGCGAUGACAAAGGGGUGACUAUUGUUUGUGAAGAUGUAUACUCAAGAGUGGUGUGCGCGUGUGUGUCUGUGUGUGCAUGUGGGUGCUAGUAAUGGCGUUAGCCUCUUGCUGUAUCUUUUUUUGUUUUGGGGUUGUUGUUUUCUCGUUUGGUUGGGGUUUUUUUUGUUGUUGUUUUUGGGGUUGGUUUUAUUUGGUCUUUUUAAAUGAACAGAAGCCUCUGCUCUAAGAAAUGUUGCAAUCCCCUGUCGAUUUAUUGGCAAGUGGCACUUUCUCCUAUUUUCAGAAGGAUCCCAAUCCACUCUUGGCUUAAAUUACCAGGAGCAUCCAAGCUAAGGAGGGAAUCUUUACACGAGUACACUUUUGAAAUCUGAAAUUAGGUUAGUUCCAGCCAUGGUUAGGGUCACCUAGAACCGUGUGUCUCAGAGGUGCGCGUCUGCGGCCUGCCGCAGGGUCCGGUCGGGGCGGUGGCGGUGCUUGGUGAGAAUGCAGACCCCUGCGUCAUUGUCCAGAGCUGGGGCUGGGCAUCUGUCUCCAAAGCCGUCCUCCGGGUUCUGGGGCUGCCCGGAGUCGGAGAACCCCUGAUGGAGAACUUUCUAAAGUGGGAGGGCCCAGCCGGGGGUGGGGGUGCGGGAGCCCUUUGGCAGCGCAGGCGGGCGGUUCCGACGCUGAUGCGUGGGGAAGAUCACAGGCUGGCAGAAAAUUAGGCCUGUGUUUUCUCGUGUCUCUUGAAUCAUUUGAAGGAAAGGUGUUCCUCUCGUGUAGUGGCCACAGUGCUUCUAGUAAGGUCCUCUCUACAGGCCUCUGCUUGUUUUCUAAAACCUUUAGUACUAAAAGCAUUAAUAGACCAAACGUCUCCGGCUGGGUUAGCUGCAUACCUUUGUACACAUCUGACGACUCAGAAUUUGAAUGGCUGUAGUUACAAUUUCUCAGGUAAAGCGUUGUUUUCCCAAAUUUCUACCAGUCCCCGCCCCCCACCCCCCGGUAUUAGGAUCCAUUUUGAGACAGCAUCAAACCUCAAAGUGCAGUAGACGAAGUCUGAGCCCUAGCACGUGGAGGCCAAAAGGGGCCCUUGCCCGGCUCGGACUGUGCCCGCACCCACCCCCGGGGCUGCCUCGGCCAGCGUGGCCCCAGACUCCCAGGGGAGCCCCGGCCUCUGCCUGCAUUAGGUCACCGGAGGCUUGGGGCCCAUGUGGAUGAGAGGUGCCCCUCGCUGGCUUCCCCCCACCCCACUGUUAAGUAAGGUGUGCCUUGCUUUAAGCAAACUGAAUGUGAACAUUAUGAUGUAGAAAUCUGGAUUCAUUAAAGAGGAAAACUGGGAUUUAUCUUGUCUCUUUAAAAGAGGUCUCCCAAUUAGAUUCUCCUGGUACUCUUCCUGGUAGCUUUUAAAAUGUUCACUUUAAGAGAAAUGACUGUGCCCCCAUCCCUUCCCCACUUUCUCCCUAGUGACAAAGCAAUGAAGGAAACCCCCGGGAGCGGCGGCCGCUUGGUGCCCGCGCCCUUCGGGGGUGCUGACGGUCCAGCCCAUGGGUGUGCUCUGAGCUCAGAAUUUCCUAGCGCAGAUGCGUUUUGUACAGCUGGGUGUACCUGUGCUUCUAGAAGGGACGGUUUGGGAUUUGAGAAGGCUUCACAUACACACUUUUGAUACAUUAUAGGGUUUGCUUUGACUUUUUAAUGUCAUGUUGCUUUUUGGUAGUGUUCUCACACUCCCGUGGAUGAAUGUUUGCACUCUAGAACCCCAGGCAGCCCCUGGCCCCCGGGGAGGGCUUGCCAGAGAGGGGCAUGGUGGGAACGGAGUGAUUGCCCUGCUCUGUUGAGGUGAUGCUCACCCUGGCUGUGGGUGCUCAUUGGAAAAGACCGUGUUGCUCAGUCCCUGUAGUGGGGCAGGGGUACUUUUAUUGAUGUCAUAUUAUAUGUUAUUUUUAUUGUUGGUAAAUGCAAAUGUUGCUAUUUAUUUUUUUUUUCUUUCUGCUCUGGUUUGAUUUGGCCAAUGUGGAUAUCCCAGUGCAUGUGGUACCUGAUGGAUAUGAUAGAAAUUUUUUUUCCCCAACUUCUCCAACUUUUAUAAAUUGCCUAAUGUUUACCUACAAGUUUGCCGGAUGAUUUUAUUUUUGAAAGCCACAAAUGUAGUUUUUCUGGAUGGAUUGCUUUUCUUAUAUAUGCAGCAAUGUAAUGUUACAUUGAUCUGCAGGGUGAUUUAAAUUUUAUUUUUGCAAGGCAGUUUUUCAGUCAAAUUAUAUAUUUGAUACAAUAUGUUAAGGGUAGACCAGCCAAGCGUCCUGCGGUUGGGACACCAGCCUGUCUCCGGGGGACCUGGGGGGCUGGGACGGCUUCUCUCGGCUGCUCGGCGUCGUGGGAGCACUUGGUUUGGCCCGUGGCGCCGUCAGGACCUGGAUGUGCUCCUCCAACGGGACUUUGAUCUGUUGGGCAGUUAAAAGGAUUUUUCAUGGGCAUUUUCCUACACCUAAGGCAGUUCCAUUAGGAGGAGUUUUAGAAGUUGACGUAAUCCAGACAGUGGACAAUCCCAGUGGCCCAGACAAGCCAUAGAAAUUUCCCUGUGACCUCUCUAUGACUCAUCUCUCACGCUCAUGAGAAAAGGAAUGUACAAUAAAUAGAAACUUCCUCAGUGUUCGUACGCCUCACUUUCAGAAUGCAAAUAGUUUAUUUAUAUUUUAAGCCCCUCCCCCAAAGUAACCAAGACUCUGCCCUGGCCCGUGGUCUCGGCUGCCGUGAUGUUUUCUUCAGUGUAGACACAGUGCACGUGUGACUUUGUAAUGGGGCUGUCUGUGUUACACACACACGCUGACUCUUUUGUAAGGAAGAUUUUCAACUCAAUAAUUGCACUGAUUUUUUGACAACUUCCUUUUUAUUAUGUCCAACUUUGCAUCUGCUGUACUUAUUUGAAAUGAUUGUAAAUAGAUGUAGGACCGCAAACGUGAUAUGAACACGCUGUGUCACUUUGUUGUAGGUGCUGCCACGUCUUCAGUGUGAUGUGUUCGAGUCGCGUGGACUUCUCUCUGCCUCUGUCGCCUUGUGUUUGCUGACCAUUUAUGAAGGACAAAAUUAGCCUCGUUUUCUUGUUUUUCAGAGAGGAAGUUUGCAGUCCGUUGAAAGGAGACCGUGCUCUCCCCUUGAGGUCUGAAGAUUUAAUUUUAGGAGGAUUAAUUAUAAACCCUUUGAACAUUCUCUUUGGUCUGUUUAAUUCCUGGUUGUUUUUCAUGGCUCCUUAAAGCAUUUUCUUCUAGUUCUGUCCAGCAUCUGACAGUCGGACAGGAAGCAUCUGGGUGGCCAGUGUCGCUAGCCACUGAGGGCCUCCCUCACUUCUCUUCGGUCAGCCAUCAUGUAAAGCCAUGAGAUCACUGUUGUGUCAAAACCGUCACUUGUGGCCUAGCCCGUCGAUGCUAGAGAGACCUGAAAUCCAGCGCUCUUCUUUUAUGCCUUGCGAUGUAGCUAGAGGAGAGGUGUGCACUCCAGCCGCAGCCCACUGCACGUUAAUUGUUCGCGGUCCGGCUACCCAGUACCAGACACACAGGGAGCUUCUAGACCCAAGCCAGUCAUGAGUGUGUGCUAAUGUCGCAUCGAUGCCAUCGUGGUGCCCUCCUUAAUGCUUUUCUGGUUACGUUUUGCCAUUUUAUUGUCUAAAGUGAAUGUAUUGGCUUAGCCAAAUCACUACAGAAGGUGGUUUCUAAAUACCUUUCUAGUUUAAAAUGAAUGAAUGAAUGAAUGAAUGAAUGAAUGAAUGCAGAUAAAGGCUACCUCUGAAUUCUCAAUAGAUUCAUGUUUGCUCUUAAGUGUAGCUAUCCACACCGAAAACAGCCGAAACGCUGCCUGAAUGGAUAAACUGAAUUGUGAACAUCUCUCUCUUCAGUUCUGGCUUGAAAAUUUGUGUGCCAUACUGUGACCCGUGGGCCGGGGACUCCUUGCGGCGGCCCAGCUCCAUUUUAGGACUCUAAGCAGCCAGCACGCAUGAAAAGGAAGAGCUUCCCGCACUGUCCCAUGUGGUGGCAGGAGCAUCUCUGAGCAGGACCAUGCGCCGUGAGACCCUGAAGCGGCCUGCCGUCCGGCCUUGUUCAGUUGCCUGUUUGCUGUAAGAAAGCACUUUCUUCUCUGCUUCACUUGUGAAUGGGUUGAAAAUGGCUCCCUCUGUGCUUUCCUCCCUUUUUACACACUCUGUAAAAUCACGAAGGUGCUUGAACACCAGCUCCUGUGCAAAACUAAUCCAUCUAAAGUGGCCGUGUAGUUGCAGAAAACAGUGCGGUCAUGAUCAGCCUUUGACCUUGGAACCUUGAGUUACUGUCACUCCCUGCUUAAAAAUGAUCUACAGUUUAAAAGCAAAAUAUUUUGUCCUUGUCCAGGGCCCUCAGUUUGAAAGGUACGUAAGGGUCCACGGCAGCAUCUUGCAGUCGGAGUUCCCGGGCACCCUGACGCUAACUCACAGGCAGUCUGUGAUUAACCCACUUUGCUGUCGGAAUGCCCUUAGCCCACACGCCACUGUGGGCCCAUUGGGAUCGCCCUCAGCCCUCUUCACAUCUUGUCUUUAGAUUCGUUAACUUGUCUUCGCAUUUGCUCCGAAACACCUCCGUUGGUUUUCUCUUCAAUUCUUGAGGGACAGGUGGGCGAUCUUGCAGAAACAGAUGGAGGGGGGCGUGGAGGUGCUCUGCUCGCCCACUGGAUGCUCGUCAGAUACUGACUUUGGCCCAGAGAGGUUCCAAGUGUAGCAUGACCUGGAAGGUUUUGCCUUUAGCACUGUCGUGUUGGGUUUUGAUGCUUUUCAUGCUGCGUGGCGUGCUUUAAUUCUGAAAGAGCUAAGUGUCCUUUGCAGUCUUUCUACGAAUGUUCUAUAAUUCCAUGACUACCCUGUUUUGUAGACACAACCCUCCCAUUCAGGGUGGGUACCCUCAGUGUCUGCUGACCUGCUUCCAGAACUGCUCGGGCACUCUGGGUUGGCCUCCUCUUUGACCAGAAUCCCAUUCAGGGCAUUUUCAGGGGACACCGCGUGGCGGCCCACUCUUUGAUUCAGUAAUGUGAACUCUUGAACUCAGAUCUGCCCAUCAGCUUUGUGCAUAAAUGUCUCUAGAAUCCUGGGGUGGGCCUCUCUGCCAUUUUUGCAUUCAUGAAAAAUUAUUUAAAAAGAGGGAGCUGAAGAUGAUUGGUGCUUUUGUUAACACUUUUUUCUUAUUGGUUGAUGUGAAAGUGUUAAAGCUUAAAACACCAAAUAUUAACUCUUCCCCCUCAAGUGUCCCCAGGAACUAGAUGUGAGGCCACCCUCAUUAAGUACCUUCUGAAUCAAGGUCCUUAAAACCGUGAGUUGAUCCCAAGCCCACCCCACAUCAUCGGGCCGGGGGGUGUGAUGCCUGCCCACUGUGUGGCUCCUUGGCAGACCUAGGUGCUUGUGUUGGGGAGCCGAGGCGCCUUGGAACUCUAGAGACUGUGGGGACCGUCUGGGGCAGGGGGUGGCGGGAGAAGGCAGCUCCCUCUGCCCCAGGAAGCCUUCCUCUGGUCUCCAUCGGUACCAGACUGAGGAUGUUCUGGAAGACCUGGUCUCAGCCUCUGUGCCUUUAAAAGUCCGGUCCUCAGUGUCCUUUUGGAAUCAUGUUGGGGCUGCGUUUUCAUUGGGAAGUAAACCUGUAUCAUUCCACAAGUCAAUCAUUGACCUUCUGCCUUGGAAGCUGCGUUUGCGCCUCAGCUACUGACUUCGUAAACUGUGAUGCCCGUGCACACUGUCUCGUGUCAGAAAACGUUAGGUUCUUUUAGUUGCAGGAUUUCCUUCCCAAGCCCACGUCCACGGGGAUUCCGGGAAAUCGGCACAAGAUCCAUCUCGUAGUCAGGCUUUGACCAUGACCGUCAGCAAAACCUGGUGGUUUUGUCCUCAUAGGCACUCAACAAGAAUACUUAGUGUACCUAGAUUUUUAGAAAAGGAAUUGGAAUCGGAUCUCUGGUGAAGUGCGUGUGGGGUCCUCAGACGUAAGGUGCUGUUCAGUCCUCCUGUUCUUGGGAUGCUUUUCGUGAACAUUGCUCUGUUCUGUGGGGCGUGCGGGGAAGCUGCGGACUUGGGUGAGCCGUGCGCGGAGGACUCCCGGGUUUUUAUCGCUAACUUGUCCAAGCCAGGUUUUGAGCAGUUUUCUUGGCUGCUGGUCCAGUUCAGAAACACCUGACCCUGUCAAGGAUGAUGAUGUUGCUUUUAAGUGGGGGAAAUAAUGCAAUGUUAUUUAUUUUUUAAAUGCAUAGAAAUCCAUUCUGGGUGGCUCCUCUUGGCCUUUCCUUCUCCCAAUCUCGCCCUCUUGAAGGCAGAGCAUGGCCAUUGCCUCGGCAGAGGGGAGGGUACGUUCAUUAUUUUGGAUCCUCUUCAAAGCCAAAUAUCCACGUGACUAAAAUCCUGGGAGUACAUAGUUUAGCACUAAAUUGAAAUCUGAGUCCUGAGUUUGAUAAUGGAUUUUAAUGUGAUUGCUGAAGGUAUGAAAUCAUGUUUUAUAACUAUAGAGGCAAGUAAGUUUUUACUUUUUAAAAAGUUUUAAGAGAAUAAUAAGUUUCUGUGCAGCAAAGUGGCUACUCAUUAAAUACAAGAAAAGAAUGUAGUGUCUAAAUCCAGAUUUUUCUUACCUCUGAUACACUUCAGAUCACUUACCUAAUAUGUAUUGAGGGGUUUUAACCCUGAGUUUUAUCAACUUUUCUAGUUUUAUUUUAUUUUUAUAAAAUAAUUGAAAAAGAACCAAAAAUGAAUUCACAAGUUCUGUAGGCAGAUCUUGCCCCUUCUUAAUUGUCCCCCCCCCAACAAAACAUUUUAGAAGAUAUUUUGAAUCAAAAUGUAUUGUGACCAUUGAAAGUUUACUAUUUUCUAAGAAGCAGAGUGGCUGCCGGGGCCCCCCCCCCAGGCGGUGCUCUGCGUGCGCUCUACGGACCGUCGACGCCUGUGCGGUGGCCUGUGUGACGCCGUCGCGUGCUUGCGAUCGAGAGACUGUGCAGUGCUGUUCUGUAAGCUGGAAGUUCCUGUACAAACCGGUAUUUAUAUGCGUUCGCCUCUCUGUAUAAUUUCUCAUUUGCUCCACGAAUUGUAAAAUUAAUUAUAAAAUUAUAGUACCUGCUCAGUACAGUUCGGAGGCUUAAGUCCUUGUCUUUGGUUCACUACCAUUCCGUAUGUUUUGAGGAUGUCCAAUGCCUGCAUGACGCGAGGUGGUGAUGCCACUUUAAAUCAAGCCUUAAUCAGAUGUUACAAUUUUAAGUUUCAGAGUAUGCAAAAAUAUUAGCCAGAGUGGGUUUAAACUGCUCAGAUCAAGAUGCUGUAUCCUAAAUCAACCAAUCUCUUCUCUAGAGUUACAAAGGGAAACUUUCAGUGAUCCAGAUCUCUCUCUCUCUCUCUCUCUCUCUCUCUCUCUCUCUCUCUCUCUCUCUCUCUCUCCCCCCCCCCCCCCCCCCUCUGGUCUGGCAUGGCUGUUGCCACUUCUCGGUGAAAACGGACCACUGUGCGCUGCUCUGGCAGUCGGUCAGAAUGACCUGUUCUCAGAGUCUAGAGACUUUUCCAGGGUUACUUUAAAUGUCUGGUUUUUUCCCUCCAGUCUGAGAUUUAUUUAUGGCAAAUGGAGAGUGUGAUCUGGGCAUGAAUCUUGCUGGACCUGCUCACGUUCUAAGCUUUCUUCAACUAGUGCCGCCUGCCAUCGCUUCUGCAUAGGAUUAGAUGGAUUUUUGUUUUUGUAAAAGCAUCUCUAACUUAGACGUAAAACGGAGGGGACCCAGCUUUCUUUACAAUGUGGAUCUACCUCAGUUACACAGUUGGGUGCUAUUUACUACGUCUGUCAAUUUAAAUUGGAAAAAGUAACCAAACAGCAAGAUAUAACUCCACACAAAGCUUGAAAUCAUAAUUUCCGUUUAUUUAACAAUCUUUUUAUUUAUUUUGUGCCUUUUGUGUUGAAUCCUAAUGCAUUGAAAAGUCCGUUUGAAAUUUAAAUUCUUACGUUGCAGGUGGGGAGAAAAGCCCGACUGGCCGUGGAGUUUGAUAGUCUGUCCCCAGCCAACAGUAAGGGGGACUGAGACCCCCACUGCCCUUCUGUCAAAAGGAAAAACGAUAUUCUGUCCGAGAGCAAAUUAACAUUUUACAGACAAAUUCCAAACCCUUCUAUGCAUGUACUUAAAGCUUCUCUUCAUUUUCUGUGCCAGUGAAGGGGCAGCCAAAACAACUCCCACGCACUCUGUUGAGGGUUUUGCCGUCCGUGCCCCCCUCUGCCUCUGGCAUAUUUUAUACAUUUAUUUCUUAAGCAGCAAAUGGACUGUUGUGGAUUCCGUCUCUCCUGGGGGAGGUGUUGGUGACCGCGGGCAGCCGGAGCGGGGGCGCGUGUACUGGAGCCGACUGGGCGGGGGGGGGAGGUCUGCGUUCAGCAGCAGCCCUGGGUGUUGCCCUAAGGGAGGCGAGCUUUCUGGCAGGAUGAGGAACUAAGGUAGGAGAUCGGUGACUUCCGUGCUUUUAUAUUUGGCAGUUUACAAUUCUAGACUUUUCCUACUGUGGUGAUCUUUUUUAACUUAAUUCUUUGGAGGUAACACAAUAUUUUGGAGUCUUAAGAAUUUGAUUUUAUACCAAUAAGAAAUACAAAUUAGGGAUCUUUCCUGUAGUAUAUAGUUUUACUAUUUUAAAGAGAUCUCUGAAUUUUACAAGAGAACUAACAUUCCUUAGUGGCAAAACUCUGAAAGUUGAUUUGGGAGGCUUUUUGCUGCAGGAUCUCCAAAACCUGGGAUGAUUCUGGUUAAAUGUUCUCAUUGUCAAGCGUCCGUCGGGUCAGGACUUGAGCUCUAUUUUGUAAAGAGUCGCUCAUCCUUCAGCAUGCUGCAUAUACAGACCGGCGCCGUUGCACUUUCUCGGUGGUGAGAAAUGCCCCGUGAUUGGCUCACCAGGAAGCAUUCUGUUCUUUACCUAACAAGAGUACUUUGGGGCAGUGAUUAGAUUUAUACAGGUACCUCAAGAAAAAGAACCUGAAUAUGCUGCAUUUUGUUUCUUUAGCUUUUAUAUGUAGCAUUUUGUUUGGCUCUUAUUAUUUUGUUUAGAUCUAUGCUUUCUGGACCCCAACAGACUGUUGAACGAAAUUUCAAAGUUACACUCUUGUCGGGAUACAGUAUCCUUUGUUUUUGUCUUUUUAACUUCAGUACCUGGUUCAAGGUUGCCCACCGUUAGUAUACUACUUCACCCAAAUACACCUGAGCAAAAGGGUACCAUGUGUGCAAGCAGACAAUAAUGUUCCCAGGCCUUUCUGUUCAUGCUGCUUCCUUAAUUCUUUUCUCCGUGUCAUCAAGAGGUUGGAUAACUGAUUUCUAAGGUCAGACUUCACAUUAUGGCAUCUUAACGUUUUCAACAGACCUCACAAAACGGCCAUUGAGUGAGCAGCAUGACCCUAAAGGAGGCGCUGGCGUCAGGCAGCCGGACGGUCUGGUCUCUGAGGAGCCAGUGUUCCCGUCUCUCGGUCCGGCGCUCACCCUCACCCACCGGAUGGGGGUGGUCUUGAUGGACGAAAGGCGAACUGGUGGAGAGCGCCGCGGGCUGGGCCGCCGAGCAUCUGUUGUCGUGGUCAAGCUUAGCUGGGUCCUUGCCAGUCUGUCUGACAGCUUUUACUAGGUUAAGUAGUUUGCACUAUUUUUGCAAUAAAUUCAUGGAAAACCUAACAGUUACUUGUUUUGUUUCUUACUGUGUGUAUAUAAACUAAUACUAAAAGUUUGGCAUAGUGUUUUUUCACCUCCUUACGUAACCCUUAACAUGCACAGAAUGCUGUAAAUCUGAUAAAAUAUGAUGUGAAUGAUAUUUUAUAAAGUUAUUUUGUAUGGUGUCCAUUUUGUUUUGCCUCAUAGUAUGUCAGCAAAAAAAUAAAAUAAAAUUCCUCAUAUUUACA